UUGCAAUAAUGUAUAUUUAUCACCCCACACUUUUCUUUUUCUUCCUUUAUUUUUUUUUAAUUUCCGAUUAAUCCUUCUCUUACUGACACACUCACUCUUAUUUUAUAUCAGUUACUUUAAUAUUUACGAAAAAUUUUUCUAUGGAUUCUUUUUUUUUUGGCUAUAUGCUGCUUCUUGUAGCUUUUCUUCUUCUGCUUUUUUCUUCUUCUUCCAUUUCUCGAUUGCUAACUUAUUUAUUUUUUUCUUUGUUGUGCGUUAGGAAAACGCCAAGAGGAGAAGCAAGUGUCUCUCUUUUUAAGGAUAAUUUUCUUGGAGGAUAUUCAAUUUAAAAAAAAAUUUUUUUUUUAUUUUUUAAUCCCUCCGUGGAUUUCCUUUUGAUCCUCUUUCUAAAAAUUUAAAUUAAAAAUUUUUGUUUCUUUUUCUGUUGCGUUUCUUUUUGCGCACAUUUCUUUUAGCGGCAAUAAAAAGAAGCUUUUUCUUUCUCUUUUUAAAGCGUCAAUACCCUCACCAAUUUCUUUUCUUUUUGUUUCCAAUUUUUAUCUGCCAGUUAGUGCUUUCUUUCUUCUUUUUUCUAUUGUUUUAAUGCCGCAAAAAGAGUUUGAGGGUUGUUUUUGUUGGGUGUUUUUGGCACAGAUUUUAAUUUAUAAAGAGAAAAUUGAG